AUGAAAAACAAAUUAGCGUAUUCAACGCGCAGUAUACGUGCAGGAAGAUGGCUCAUAGCGAUUUUGUGUAUCCUAGCAACAUCGCUAUGGAGCAUUCCUUCGGUGAAUGCUGGGCGUUGGACAGUCAACCGGCUCCACAGAAUCGGUCUAUUUGCCAGUAUAUCAUCUAAUGGCAGCCAGGUGGAGUCAACAUCGCAUAUAAAUAAUGUACGAUAUGACACCUACGAUAAUAAAAUAUCAAGGCUGUCAUUAGUCAUCACCGAAAGUGGAAUAAAACGAUUACAAAUGUCAAAAGUACUCAUUGUAGGCUCAACACCCGUAGCUUCUAAUAUUGCUACCCACCUUAUAAGAGCAGGGGUUGGAACCAUUUAUGUUGUCGACGAUGAUGUCUACAACGCCAAGAAUAUGGUAGAAAACGUACUGAUACUACACCCAAAUUCUAAUAUACAAGUACUGGAUACUGAGCCAGAUCAUAUAGAACAUGUCUUUGAUGCAAUUGUAUUCGUUAAUCAACCAUUGCAAACGGCUAUAAAAGUGAAUCAAGCUUCACGAGACAGCACCAAGUUUGUUUACGUUGUCUCAAAAGGAGUAUAUGGUAUGAUACUCUCAGACUUUGGUGAUGUACAUCCUGUAUACAAGAGGUCAGAUGAAGAUAAUACUGAAUAUCAGGGAACGGUAACAUCCGCCGGAAAACAAUCAUACAUAGAAGUAGAGAUAAAGGAAAAGGAUUAUGAUGAACCAUAUAGUCCAAGAGAUACCGUCAACUUGUCAAUGCCAAAAUACAUCAUGAACCCUGAAAAUCCGCAAGAUGAAUUGCAUGACACCGUAACAAUUUAUGCCAAAGUGCAAAAUGUGGAACGAAAAGAUGCAAAUAAGAUUAAAAUGCUAGUGGAUGCUGAUUUGAGUCCGUUUAAUGACGGAAGCUUCUCUAUUAAAAAGGUAGAAGACAUGAGUGAAUUUAGAUUCGUGCCUAUAAAAUCAUUGGUCAAUAAACUAAUGAAACAACCACCAGGAUGGAGAGAGUAUCUGACCCGAUUGUUUACUAGGAAAAUGUAUAUGCCAGAACAAUUAAUAAUAUCACCUGGUGUUAAAAUGUUUUCGGACGAUCACCUUUGUACUAUCUUUGGAGCACUGACCGAAUCAUCUAUCGGUACCCCGUCGUCGUCUAAUUGCCGAACGGGAAAUUCUAAUCAUGCGAAAUCUACAGCUAUUGCCAAUUCGAAUGUACAGUCUCAAGAUCCAUACGUUAUAUUGGAUGUGCUGAAGAAUGUAAAUGUCCCAGCUGUAAUUACACUCAUCGGCUCCCUCGCUGCUCAAGAAGUAAUUAAAGGUUUAACAUCAAUAUUCACGCCAGCGGAUCUCAUUGUGGUUGACAGGAGUGAUAUAUUCCCCAAUAAAGGCCUAGGCAUGUAUAUUGAGGAUGCUCAAAAACAUCUCGAUAUUGUAAAAGAAGCUGAAUACUUAAUGGUAGGAGUAGGAGCAUUAGGGUGUGAAUACCUAAAAAUACUAGAAGCAAUGGGUGUGGAACAUUUAACGGCCAUGGAUAACGAUUCAGUUGAUGUGUCCAAUCUAACCAGACAAAGUCUCUUUACCGAUGCGGACGUGGGUCUUAACAAGGCCACUGCAGCAUUGCAAAACCUAAGGAAAGUUUCAAAAAAAGAUCUCGACAACUUUGUAGCCAAAAAUGCCGCCUUUACAGAAAAUUUCCAUAUGGAAGGAAAUAGCAAUCACAAGAAUCUAGUUUUACUAUCCGCAGUUGAUAACGUUCACACACGAUUGUUGAUGGAUAAUUAUGCCGUUGAACAAUCGCAUAUAUUUGUCGAGGCAGGAAUACACGGUAUGCAGUGCAGCACAUCAAUAACCGCGCCAUUUUUAACAGAACCGUACGCAGCAACAAUGGGAACAGAUAGUGUAACAGAUGCACCAAUGAGCUGCUCUGUAAAAGGAAUACCGAAAACCACUGAAGAUACAGUAUUCCAUGCUGUUGAAUUGUUUUCGUGGAUAUUUUACCAGCAGCACCGUUUAUACACCAAGUUCAUACAAAACCCUGUGGAGACACUGAAGAGAGCUCUGGAGCAUUCUCCGGAAUACUUUUGUAAUGUAGCAAAUUCACUUCUAGACAAUGCGAACCUGGUAACCGGUAUUACGGAUACAAAGGAUUGGGCAACUCAGACUUACGAAAAAUACUUCAAUAUACCUUUCCCAUUGAAAGACUCAUUAAUUGAAGCGAUGAGCUCAAUUAAAAAAAGAACUAUGACUAAAUCGGAACAAACAAUGUACGAAGAUAUGGGUAAUGUAGAAAAUAUAAAGCAGUCGUUCAUUGCAUUAGGGAAAUCGUAUUUUGAAAAGCAUCAUAUGAUGGAUCAAGUUGUUCCUUUAAACAAGUGUAUGGAUGCCAUAGAAAGGCUGUGUCAAUCUCCUUCAAUCAAAAAUGUCUUGGAAAGAGGAAUUAACGUAGAAUUAAAUGCAUUGACCUUUGACGAGAAUAUGAAAGAUGAUUGUAUGUUUCUGUAUGCAGCAAGUAAUAUUAGAGCACACAAAUUUGGGUUAAACCAAAAAGACAUGGCAUCAGUGAUAAAAGUGGCCAAAGGAAUCAUCCCAGCCAUUUCAACAACAGUAGGAGUAGCGGCGUCAAUGGCCAUUUUAGAACUCUACAAAGCCUUAUAUUUGAUGGAAAACAAUACUAUAGAAUGCGAAAAACGGCAUGAUGAUAUUGAUCCAUAUUUUGGCCAUAUUAAGAGUAAAGCACUCAAGGAAAUUCAUAAAAGGGACAAUGUAACCAUCAUCAUAGAAGGAAGCGAUGUAAAGUGUUAUAAUUACAACAACUUGGUAGCGCUCCUAAAGUUAGUCAAAUAUAAAACAAAAAGAGAGCUUGUCAAAGGAAUGGUCAACAACUAUUUCAAUUUAGGAAUCUUGACAUAUGUUUCAAAUGAUGUUGAACCAGCAGAAGUUAUUGAAAUUACAAGUAAAAAUGCAAUUCUAAGUGGGCAGAUGUUCUCCCUCUGGGACCAUAUAGUAAUUAAUGAUUCACCGUUGAAUAGUGUCAUCAUUGGGCCAACACAAUCUCCUUACAACUUGAAAAGAACGCAUAUCACUAUUGCGGACCUUGCGGAUGUAUUAGAAAAGCUUUUUGAUGUUACUAUAGAAGUAAUGUAUGCAUCCGGUCGUAUUUUGGAUCUGUCCGAGGAUAAUAGAAAUCAAACUAUACAAGAAGCAUUGCAACUGAAAAACUCCGCUAUUAUACAACUUAAAGCACGAGACAAUGAAACGUCGCAAAUAAUAAACAUACCAAAUCUAAAGUACACUUUAAAUUGAAUGUAAAGAAUUAAAUAUUAACUUAUAUAUACAGAAUAUUUUAG